UUUAGUAUUAAUUUUAGUGGGUGUGUCACUAAUCUAUACUGCCUUGGUACUUGUUCCACUACUACUUUAACUUGAUGGCAGACCCUGUGGUGCCGAUGGAGGUGAAGCAUGGGUCCAUCUCCUGGAAGUAUCUUCCAAGUGUACAGCUCACACUAGGCAAGCCCAUACAAGACUUUCAGCGAUACCUCCUCCCAAUGGUCGGUGACGAGUGGGCAACCAGACAACUGGCCAGUAAAUCAUUUGAUGCAGGGAUCACUAAUGCCCUGUAUGCUGUGUUUGAUGCUGAGAAGGGUCUGAAAGGAUCGCGAGAUGAUGUCAUCUUGUUGAGAAUCAACGGAAAUGGAACAGACAUAUUGAUUAGUCGUACUGAUGAAGCAAUUUCCCUCGCUACACUGUAUAAGAACGGCCUCUCUCCUCCUCUCUACGCUCAGUAUAGCAAUGGCCUCUGCUAUGGAUUUAAUCCUGGGCGUCAUCUCUCACCAAUAGAAUUCACCGAUCCCAAGUUUAUGCGUCUCAAUGCUCGAGUAUUGGCGAAGCUACACUCAGUUGAAGUACCGACUAGUUUCCAAGGACGACCUCCACUGGUGUGGCACAAGUGUGACCAAUGGAUUGAGAUGGCUCCACAAAAGUUCGAUGAUCCAGUCAAGCAAAAAUAUUUUGAAGAGGGUGUUGCAUCCAUUGCAAUUCUCCGGAAGGAGCUAGUUGAGAUGAAGGGGAUACUCUCAGAAUGUGUGUCUCCCAUCGUCUUCUGCCACAACGACCUCCUCUGUGGGAACUUCAUCUAUGAUGAGGACAAAGACAAUAUGAACGUGAUAGACUUUGAGUAUGCUGGACCCAACUACAUGGCCUAUGACAUUGCCAACCACUUCUGUGAAUUUGCCGGCAUCGAUAGUGUUGACUACACCCUCUACCCGAGCGAGGCCGUGCAGAGGGAGUGGCUAACUUGCUACCUGCAGGAGACAGCCAUCAUCAAAGGUCAGUAUCCUGCCUCUGUUGCCACUGAGGAUGCUGUCACCUCUCUCUACCGUGAGGUCAACAAGUUUGCACUAAGUGCUCACCUGUUCUGGACUGUGUGGGCGUUGAUACAAGCCGUACACUCAGCCAUUGACUUCAACUAUGCUGAGUACUCUGGUAUCAGAUUUGCAGAGUACAAGAGAAGAAAACAAGAGUUUCUUUCAUUGUAACUAUAAUUAAAUAACUGUAUAAUUAUCAAAUUAGGUGUCAAUUUGUUAUUUACAAUUUGUUAUUCUGAACAUAAUUAUUUCCAUGUACAAACUGAGACAAACAAACAAGAAUGGUGCAGUUAAA